AUGAAGGUUUGGCUAGCUUUGGAAGUUAGACAAUUCAUUCAUGCUUCAAUUCAAGAUGUACGUAUUUUUGAAACAAUUAUCAUAUAUGUUUUACUUAAACUUUUACUAACAUUUAUAAAGAUACAUGCUUUAGUUAAGGCUGACAUGUUAAGUCCUAACAUUUAG